ACACUUCUCUUAUAAAAUUUCGAUAGAAGGGUGAAGAGAGAAUCACAUGUAUUCAACCCACAUCCACUCAGUCCAUAUGAAUUCUUGCUUUCUUUAUGGAAAUAUCCAGGGGAUAAGAUAAGACAUAGAUGAAUUUAAUAGUUCCCGCUCUAUUCAAAACAGUGUAUUAGUUUCCAAUAAAUUUUCAAAUUUUGGUAAGACUUCUCUCACUCUAUUCUCCAAACUUGACACUCAAAUGUCUUUAUGUGCUAGUGUGCUACAACCUUGAGUUUUAUUUAUACCGGAUUAUGUGACUAGUUAGUUGUGUUCAUUUUGAAUUCAUUUUAUGAACCUAGUUCUGUGCACUUUACUUGUUGUAAAUUGGCCUUCGAUAUUUUGUAGGUCAUAAGGAUUGAGUUUUUAGAGUUUUACCUUGAUGGAACAAGUUGAUAUUUACUGGAACUAUCUGUGUCCAGAAUUUGCAAAACUAAUAGGUACACCAAUUGGUACACAAAAAAUAGAACUAACAUGGAUGAGUUUUAUGUUUGAAAAUAAAGGCGGAGGUGUAUAUUUACAUAUCUCAAUCUCACCCCAAUAUCAUCAUCCUUUAACUAAGUAUUUUAGUUCUCAGAAGAAUUACCAUAUAGGUCAUGCCAGAAUUGACGUCACACAUGAUACAAUUUUGCUAUGGUGCUCACAUGCACUUAAGGUCGUUGGAUUAUGCUCAAGUGUUCCACAUUCAUUGGAUAAAAUACGAUGAAAAUUUAACAACACAUCCAUCCAAAUUUCAACAAACAAGAAGUACCCGCGCGUACAUAUAAAAUGGUUCUCGCAGGUGGACCGAACUUAUACGUUUGUAUAUCUUAAUUCAGACUAGGGGUGUGUAAAGAUUCGGUUCGGUCCGGACCGGACCAAACUCAUGAGAACCGCGGUCCAUUAGUGAAAGACAUGUUAGGACCAAGGACCGGACCAUUCUUGCAUUUGGUCCAUUUGGUCCGGUCCAAAUAUGAGCUCGGUCCACCAUUUCUUCAGUAAUUAUAAAAUUUAUGAGGACCAAGGACCGGACCGCAUUUUACUCGGUCUGGUCCGGUCCGGUCUUAACAACAGUUUGAUCCGGUGUGGUCCGGUACGGCCUGGACCAUUGCACACCCUAAUUCAGAGGAAUAAAUUGAAUGAUUAGUGGCAUGUUAAGUGGGGAAAUAAGACAAAAAGUUCCAGAAACCCAAAUAACACUUCUUCACAAUCAUAACUCAUUCCAGCAAGCAAUAUUCUGAUUUUAUCCAAAAAUAUAUAAGUUAAUGACUUUCGUUUUUCUUAAUCGAUUCGCUUAUAACUACUAAAUCAUUUGCUCUGGAAAAAAUAAUACAGUCGAGGAACCGGAAAAAAAUAUAAUAAUAAUUGAAAAUAAAGAAAUUAUUGUUGCUUCUUGCUGCUGCUGCUGGUGGCAACAUUUAAAUCCUUUAUUUCCCUGACACUUCGCUAAACUUGCUACCAAGCAACCGAGCCAUCUCUCUCUUCCUCCGCCAAAUUCCACCGCCUCAAAAAAUUCCCCCAAAAAGGGCAGCGGCCACCGCCUCCGGCGAAAACCACGCCCCGUCAACGGUGACUCAAUGCGAAGUAGUCGCGAACACAGAGAGAACUAAAUUUCCAAGUACACAGGAACGAUGUCGCCGCAGAAACGAUCCUCGCCGAUCUCAGCGCCUCCGGCGGCGAGUCCCGGGAGCAGCGAUCUCAAGCCACGAGUCAUAGCCUGCCUGAACAAGCUCUCCGACCGCGACACCUUCGCCGUCGCCACGGCCGAGCUCGAGUCAAUCGCUCGGAGCUUGACUCACGACUCGUUCUCUCCGUUCCUCAACUGCAUUCACAACACCGAUUCCUCCUCCAAAUCCCCCGUCCGGAAGCAAUGCGUGAGCCUGCUGGCGCUCCUCUCUCACUCCCACGGGAACUCGCUGUCCCCUCACCUUUCCAAAAUGGUCUCCACCGUCGUCCGCCGCCUCCGGGACCCGGAUUCGGCCGUCCGGACGGCCUGCGUCGAGGCCGCCGCCGCCAUGUCGUCUCAGGUCACGCAUCCUCCCUUCUCCACCGUCUCGAAGCCGCUCAUAGAGAUGGUGACUGUGGAGCAAGAUCUGAACUCCCAGAUUGGAGCCGCGAUGUGCCUGGCGGCGGCGAUUGAGGCGGCGCCGGAGCCGGAGGUUGAGCAGCUGAGGAAGGUGCUGCCUAGGCUGGGUAAGCUGGUGAAGGGAGAAGGAUUCAAGGCCAAAGCGGCAUUGUUGAGUGUGAUUGGGAAUAUUGUAGGCGUUGGAGGCGCGGCGAGUAAGAGCAUUUUGGAAUGGUUAGUGCCCUGUUUGGUUGACCUGUUGAGCUCUGAAGACUGGGCGGCGAGGAAGGCUGCGGCCGAGGCAUUGGGGAAGAUUGCAGUUGCGGAGAAACAAGCAGCCAAGGAUCAUAGAACUUCGUGUUUGAGCUCUUUGGAGAACAGGAGGUUUGAUAAGGUAAAGCUUGUUCGAGAGACUAUGAACCGUACCCUGGAGUUGUGGAAGGAGGUAGAUGGUGGUUCUGACCAAGAGAUUUCAGUGUCAAGCCUCUCUAGAUCUUCUUCAGGAGGAGAUAAUGGUAAUGGUGGAUGCAUCAGAAGCUCUAACAACGUUGGCUAUAAAACGCCUUCUUCAUCAAGGAAGUCUUUCCCACCACCCAAUAGGUCCCCUCCAUCGGAUGCUUCUCCUGUUGUGACCACAGCCAAGAAGCAAAGUCUUGUGAAGAGUAAUGACAGCAAUUCAAGGCCGGCAAUGUUUCAGAAAGUGGACCACAGGAGGCCUUCACCCAAUUGGAAAAUUGAAGUUGCUGUAACACCACAGGAGAAGGCCUGUGAAGAUGACAUCAAGAUGCAAGAGCCAAAGGUCCUGAAACCGGUCGAGGAAGUGAAAAAUGGGAGUUCGAGCCCAGAAACUAAGCGGGUGCUCUUCAGCAGCAGCAGCACCCGCGGCGGCCAUGACAAACUUCACAAAUUUGGUGGGUUCAGAUCUGGGUCGAGGGUGGUUCCUUAUGACUACGAUGAUGAGGGGGAUGACGGUGAAAUGUGUUGCACCAAAGGAGUCGGGUUGAACAAUCCUGCUGAAGAUUUGUAUGAGAAUCCCAAAGAGAUGGAGGAUCUGUCCUUGAUACGUGAACAACUUGUUCAGAUUGAAACCCAGCAAUCCAAUCUUUUGGACCUUCUCCAGAGAUUCAUGGGGAGCUCUCAGAGUGGGAUUAACUCUCUGGAGACGAGAGUGCAUGGUUUGGAAAUGGCAUUGGAUGAAAUAUCACAUGACCUGGCUGUAUCAAGAGGAAGGAUACCCGAGACCGAUUCAGCCGAUAACACAUGCUGCAAGCUCCCCGGCACAGAAUUCUUGAGCUCGAAGCUAUGGAGAAGACCAGACGGCGAUCAGUACUCUGCAGCUUCAAGGUUCCCUUCGUCCCGUAUAAUGCAAUCACGAAACAGCCUUGGGAAUAGUGGGGCAUAUCUCCCCGAUGGCAGGAGAUUUCAGCAGAGACAUAGUACCAGCAAAGGUGGUUUUGUUGGCAACUCGUUGGAAGACGUUCAUAUUCUUGGCAGGGCCAAUAUGGCAGGGCUCUCUCCGAGACAAGUGUCAAGCAAACUAUUUCAAGAUGAAGCAAGUAGUCAAAGGGCGGGUAUCUGAAACACCAGCUGCGCCAAUUGCGUUUGUGCUAUGAUCAAACUUGAGGCAGCAGCCAGGUAAGCAAAAAUCUCUUUUCUCUAUAUCGAUUCGAUUCAUCGAAUGAAGUCUUACAAUCUGUUGUACCAGAUCUAAAAUUGGAUCCCUCUCUAUAUGGAUCCUCAUGUUGAUCAGUAAAUAACAAGUUAAUUAAAAAUCAUUGGUCAUGUCAGUCCACUCAGGCCCUUUGUGAUCAUUCCCAUUCAGUUUGACAUUGAAUUUGAAUGUCUUCAUUAUAGUGCUUUCGCUGAUUCUCGUGACUUUUGUAAUCAGGUUUACUACUGAAUCAAAAUCAUAGCGGAGAGUCUCAUUGGAAAGAGAAUUUGAAGAUGCUAAACAAGUUUGAUCGAUCACACGGGAGCGUAUUAGUUAAAAAAGAAACACAGGGAUAUCUUGAAGGUAGAGUGGCAGCAGAGUAUUGGAAAUGAGAGUCGUCUGGAUUGGAUGUGUACAGGAAGACGAAACUGAAGUUAUCAUCAUCAAUGGCGCCUUCUCGCUUCUUUCCCUCUCCACAAUGCUUCUUAUGUGUUGGGAAUGAAUGUUGGUCAUGUUUGUCGAGCAGGUGUGGAAGUAGGAUCACAGUCUUUUCAUUAUUUACGCCUAAAGGGUUAACAUUUGCCAUUAGGAAAAUUGGGGCUUCUUCAGCAGAUUGCAAUUUCUUCGUUUGCUUUUGGGGGGCUCUCAGUAGUUUCCACGAGCAGGAUGGGAUGGAGGCAAUAAUACGAGAGCGCUUUUUUUGUGGUACAAAAUGGACAACCCUAUAAAUCGCUGUACGUGCAAAAUGAACAAACACAGACUACAAACUCAAUCAAAUUCCACAAACAAGAGUGGAAAUUUUCAGUUUAGGUUAAACGACACUGAAUAAUAAUACUUAUGGUUGUAAACUCACAAUGGGGUUAAAGCCUAAUCGUUUCAGUCACAUGGACUAUUGGUUUGGGCCCAGACUUGAAGAUUCCAGACUCAGUCUCUGAACUUGAGUCGUAUUCCUCGUGUAGCUAUCCGCUGCUCCCCUGUAUCCUGUUCUUAGGCAAACCAGAGUAGAAAAAGCCAAUAACAAAAACACACAGACUAAAACUAAAGCAAACACGAUGCAAAGCUAAUUUUUACGCAGUAUCCAAUAUUCAAAGAAUAAAGAUCUCAAUAUCGA